AUGGCUGGCACUGUGCUUGGAGUGGGUGCAGGUGUGUUCAUCUUGGCCCUGCUCUGGGUGUUAGUGCUGCUGCUGUGCGUGCUGCUAUCCCGAGCCUCCGGUAUAGCUAGGUUCUCCAUUAUUUUUGUAUUCCUUGGUGCUGUGGUCAUCACAUCGGUGUUGUUGCUUUUCCCUCGAGCCACUGAAUUUCCAAUCCCAGAUGUGGAAGUUAAGAUUGUGGAUGCCUUUUUCAUUGGCCGCUAUGUCCUUCUGGCUUUGCUCAGUGCUAUAUUUCUUGGAGGUCUCUUCUUGGUCCUAAUUCAUCAUAUCUUGGAGCCUAUUUAUGCAAAACCACUCCGGUCCUUUUGAUCACUAUUCAAGAAAACAAGAGACUCUGCUCCCUCCAUUUUGAUGUCAUUGAUGAGCAGAAGACACUCUCCAGAGCUUUAUAUCAUUAGUCUUCAUGCCUUCAGGUCUGAAAAAUCUCCAUCGUCCCUCUGGAAAUUCCCUUGAGUCAGGGUUGCAAAUUGUUCCUCUGGGGAUAAAUUCUCACCAGCUUAAGAAGGCAUGGUGUUGUCUUCUUACCACCAAUACCUCAGAUUUUUCAUCUGUUUUGACAGGGAACUAACAAUAAUGAUCUGCUUAGAAUACAUACUCAGUCAGGAUGUUACAAAGUAGAUUUUUGGGAAAGGAACAUUUUGGCCUCUCUUGUCAAAUAGAAAAACCCUUUUGGAGGAAAUAGAGGAAAGAACUAGGAGGCAAAGGACAUUUAUAGAGGUCUAAA